UGAUCAUGGUAGGGACGUUGCCCUACAUUGCUUUCUUCAAGAUGGCUAUCCGAGUCCGAGCUCAAAUUGCUUUGAUGUUCUGGCCCAACCCCUGCCGGCAGCUUGGAGAAAUAUUUUCAUCAACAAACAAUGGCGGCGACCCAACGCGAAUCAUUAUUUUUUUCAGAAAAUUUUCGUUCUAAAGUAGUAAAAGUUAAAGUUAAAGAAGGUUCCCAUAUUACAAUUGGGCAAAUCCUGUUCCAAUUUGAACCUGAAGAAACUGGUAUUCGUGAGAAUCAGAAUGCGAACAAUUCAGUUAGUAACGGUCCCAGUAAAUUUGUUGUUCGCGCCACUUCAGCUGGGUUGUUGGAAAAGCUCUAUAUCAAAGAAGGGAAUGUUAUUGACCAAGGAGCACUCAUUUUGGAAUACAGCAGCUGCAGUCACCCAACUGUUAUGAAAGAGAUGUGUGCAGAAUGUGGAGCAGAUUUGCGCGAAACAGACCAAAGAAGUCAAACAGCUGCGGUGGCCAUGGUUCAUAACAUUCCAGAACUUAUGGUUAGCAUGAAGGAAGCCACUCAGUUGGGUAAAGCAGAUGAAGAACGGCUUCUUCGAGACAGAAAACUUGUUUUACUAGUAGAUUUGGAUCAAACUCUGAUUCACACCACCAAUGAUGAGAUCCCUCCCAAUAUUGAGGAUGUUUUUCACUUUCAACUACAUGGACCUAGCUCACCUUGGUAUCAUACACGCCUAAGACCCUUCACAAAACAAUUUCUCAGUAACAUCAGUUCUCUCUAUGAGCUUCACAUCUGCACUUUUGGUUCCCGUACAUAUGCCCACAUGAUCGCAAACUUUCUUGAUGAAGAGGGCCGGUACUUCUCCCAUCGGAUUUUAUCUCGUGACGAGUGUUUCAGCGCGCAUUCCAAAACGGCGAAUCUCAAAGCUUUGUUCCCAUGUGGAGAUCAUAUGGUUGUCAUCAUAGACGACAGGGAAGACGUCUGGAAUUUUGCACCCAACUUGAUUCAUGUUCGUCCGUACCAUUUUUUUCAACAUACCGGAGAUAUCAACGCCCCACCAGGAUUGGCAAAACAAGAAAAAGAUGACAAAGAAGGUUUUGACUUUGCCUCCUUGAAGUCAGGAGAAAAUUCACCCGAGGCAUCUACUCUCAAACCAGUAAACGGCUCUGCGUCUAAAAAUGCUGAAGAAGAAAAAGAAAAACCACCAACCACUCCCGAUGAUUCGAACCUUGAUGGUGGGUCUAUUGAAGAUGAGAAUAAGUCUGAUAAUUGCGCUACCGAAAUGCUAAACAGUUAUGAAGAGACAAAGCUAAAUAACGAAGUCCUAGUGACUACGGAUAAGUUAACUGAAGACGCAAAAGAAACAACAGUGGAAGAAGCGUCAGAGAAGCAAAAAAACGGUACAGAGGACACGAAAGUGGAUAAUCGGGGAAAAGAAAAGCAAGAAAGUGAUAAAAUCCAUAUCCGUGACACAGACGACUAUCUCCUCCAUCUACAAGACAUAUUGCGCACCAUUCAUCACGCAUACUACGAGCUGUACGACGAUAAUAGAAAGAAUGGAGAAGAAACAAAAACAGUACCUGACAUGAAAAUUGUCUUACCGUAUGUCCGCCGUAAGGUUCUUGAAGAUGUGCAUAUAGUUUUCAGUGGUGUUGUGCCCACAAACACCCCUUUGGAGAAAAGCAAACCAUAUUUAGUAGCAAAAAGUCUUGGAGCAAUUAUCAUGGACAGAGUAUCUGAAACUACUACUCACGUAAUCGCAGCAAGGCUAGGAACUGCCAAACUGAACGAAGCCAAAAAAUAUAAGCACAUUAAUGUCGUGACCCCUGACUGGCUAUGGUCGUGUGCUGAGAGAUGGGAACGUGUAGAAGAACGUCUUUAUCCCCUCAACUCUGAGUUGGCAAAUGUUCGUCGGAAGCCUCCUGCUCACUGCACAAGUCCGGAUGUUGCCUUUCAGUUAGCGAUUGCCGCCAACGCCAAAGAAGAACAGGAUGCUGCAGUUCCAUAUUACGACCGGGUCACAGGAAAAAGAGUUUUUCGUCAACCAAAGAAAGGCGACAAAGGAAAAACGUUGGCAACGUCUCGCAGUUCAAAUAGAUUUAGCGAAACUGUUAACCCUCUGCUUUCACUGUCGACGGACGAAAUUGCUGACAUGGAUCGUGAGGUCGAAGACAUCUUGCAAGAUAUGGAAGGAGGUGAGACUGACGAAGAAGAAGAGCCUGUGGAUUUCAUUACCGAAGAGAACGAUGAUAAAACUGAAAUCGUACCAGACAAGGAUGAGUCGCCUUCCCGAAAACGCAAGCUGGAAGUAGCAGAUCACGAUUUAUUAAUUGGUGGGGUGAUUGAUCAAGAUAGUCCAGAAAAUGAUACACUCAUGGUAAAAUUUCGAAGAGGUGAAGAUAUUCCUGACCUUGACGUUGACGUCGAUGAUCCUAACGACGAAGAUGACAACGAGCCAGAAAUUGAAGAUUUAGAAACAGAAGAAGAACCAGAUGAUUCAGAACUAUGUUUAGCUGGUCAGGCUCUCGAGCGAGAGUUCUUAAGUGAAGAAGAUUGAGUUUUAGUUCCCUUUCAUCCUCUCAAUAAAGUUCUAAUUUGAUCUCAGCCAAAGCAGAAUGGUUGAAGACAUGUACCUGAUGAAUUAUUGCGUACUUGUUACACUACAAUAAUAAACAUAAAAACACAA